AUGAUAUCGCAUCGAUCAGUGCACGCAGUGCAGUACAAAUACGUCGGUGCCACACAUCAAACUAUCUUCAUCCAUCCGCUCCAAACGACCAUAAUGGCUCCCAAUCCUCAGUGCGCUGCUUUAAAUAAUGCGAAAACCAAGAAAGGACUAUCGUACGCCCAGAUCGCGGAGAGCAUUGGACAGACCGAGCAACAUGUAACAGAUGUUUGCACUGGCAAAGUCAAGCCGACCCAGGAAGAAUUCAAUGCCCUUGCUAAGGUUCUGGGUAUCACGGAUCAGGCCCCCAACGAUAGUGCUCACAAGACUGUCUAA